GACACCUGUCGAUUUAAAAUGGCCACAGUCCAUAUUAAUAGAGACCUAUCAAUCUGACAUCGUCUAUAAAUUGAACUAAAUUGAAAAUGUAGGCCUUAGUGUCACAUGGUUGUAAUAUUCCAUUCCACUGUCAAUGAAAUGUGACUGGAGGCCUUGCAAUCAUAGCUAGAUGAAGACGAGUGAAGAUGGCGGACGUGUUGAGUGUUCUUCGCCUGUACAACAUCCAGAAAAAAGAAAUCGUCGCCAAAGGAGACGAAGUUAUCUUUGGAGAGUUCUCUUGGCCUAAAAAUGUCAAGACUAACUAUGUCAUUUGGGGAACUGGGAAGGAGGGUCAGCCAAAGGAGUACUAUACUCUGGACUCCAUCCUGUUUCUGCUCAACAAUGUGCAUCUCCCUCAUCCAUCCUAUGUGCGAAGGGCUGCAACCGAGAACAUUCCAGUUGUCAGAAGACCUGAUCGAAAGGGCUUGCUUUCGUAUCUCAAUGGAGAAAGUUCUACUUCAACAAGUAUCGACAGAAGUGCCCCCAUAGAGAUUGGUUUGCAAAGGCCAACACAAGUCAAACGAGCAGCAGACGAGGUGUCAUCUGAAGCCAAAAAACCAAGGAUAGAGGAUGAGGAACGAGUGCGUCUGGACAAGGAGCGUUUGGCUGCUCGACUGGAGGGCCAUAAAGAGGGCAUUGUGCAAACUGACCAGAUCAGGUCACUGUCUGAGGCUAUGUCAGUGGAGAAGAUCGCCGCCAUCAAAGCCAAGAUCAUGGCAAAGAAGCGCUCUACCAUUAAGACAGACCUGGAUGAGGACAUCACCCUGAAGCAGAGGAGCUUUGUGGACGCUGAGGUGGACGUGACCAGGGACAUUGUCAGCAGGGAGCGGGUGUGGAGGACCAGGACCACCAUCCUACAGAGCACUGGAAAGAACUUCUCCAAAAACAUCUUUGCCAUCCUGCAAUCGGUGAAGGCCAGGGAGGAGGGGCGUGCCCCUGAGCAGAGGCCAGCACAGAACACCACUCUGGUGGACCAGUCCAUAAGGAACAAGCAACCUGUCCCAGCUGCCUAUAACCGAUACGAUCAGGAGAGAUUCAAAGGAAAAGAGGAAACGGAGGGAUUCAAGAUUGACACCAUGGGCACCUACCACGGCAUGACUCUGAAAUCUGUAACGGAGGGAGCAUCUGCCAGGAAGGCCCAGACACCAGCACUGCAGCCCGUCCCCAGACCAGUUUCCCAAGCCAGACCCCCACCAAAUCAAAAGAAGGGCUCUCGGACUCCCAUCGUAAUCAUCCCAGCGGCCACCACAUCCCUCAUCACUAUGCUCAAUGCAAAGGACCUACUGCAGGACCUCAAGUUUGUGACGCCAGAGGAGAAGAAGAAGCAGGGCAUCCAGCGGGACAACGAGGUGCUGCUCCAGAGACGCAAGGACCAGAUCCAGCCCGGGGGGGCCAUGCUCAGCGUCACCGUGCCCUACAGGGUCAUCGACCAGCCCCUCAAACUAGCUCCGCAGGACUGGGAUCGCGUGGUGGCCGUGUUCGUGCAAGGCCCUGCCUGGCAGUUCAAGGGCUGGCCCUGGCUGCUACCUGACGGAUCUCCUGUGGACAUUUUCGCUAAAAUCCGAGCCUUCCAUCUGAAGUAUGACGAGCAGAAGAUGGACCCCAAUGUGCAGAAAUGGGACGUGACCGUGCUGGAGCUGAGCCACCACAAGCGCCAUCUCGACCGGCCCAUGUUCCUGAAGUUUUGGGAGACUCUCGACAGAUACAUGGUGAAACACAAGUCGCACCUGAGGUUCUGAGCCUAGACCGUGGCCUCCUUCCUCCACAGGUCCCGUCAAGGCAUUUAUAAACUCCCGCCCCAAACCUAGCCCUCCUCCUCCCCACCAGGACUACCACUAGAAGAGAAAGGAGACACACGGGCCCACAACACCCCCCACCAGCACUUUGGGGAUCCAGAAUAGACCCACGUGUUCAGAUUGUCAUUCAGGAAAAUACUUUCUACCUGGUCUUCAUGGUUUCCAUAGAUAGAAGCAGCAGAUACAGUAUGUCUGGACAUUGGGAAGGGGAGGUUGGAGUGUCCCAUGUUUUUCAAGUUCCUAUGUACAAUAUAAAACAAUAUACCAAAACUAUAUAUUUUCUAACAGUAUAGCGUUUUACUGUGGAGACAGAUUGAAGAGCGAGAGAAAGCGAAAGGGGGAUGGAUAGAUGGAGGUGGGGAAAACAACUUCCCAUACUAUUUCCUUUGUGAAAUGGAUCUUGUAAAUUCCAUGUGAAACAUGAGCUGGAUAAGAAGCCCUUUGGAUCACUGCUGGCAAUAAGGGAUACGAGACCUCUGUCAGUUUCAUUUUCUGAUGUUUUUACUUCCUUACCGAUAGGAACAUUUGUCUCUACUUUUUUACUAAGUGCUUCUGAAAUGGCACCCUAUUUCCUAAAUAGUGCACUACAGUGCUCUAUGAAGGGAAUAGAGUGCAAUUUGGGACAGAAUCCUAGUUUGAAAGCGCAUAGGUAUGCAGUCUUUUAGCCAAGGAGCAUCUGAGUGACGUGCCAUGCGAUCCAAAUGUAUAUAUGAUGAUAUAUGAGCCAGACUUUGAAGAUCGAAGAAGCUAGGUAUCUUAUUCUUGAUGCAUAAAGCUAAUGAUUCAGUGAUAGAUGGGUUCAAAUGUUCGACAGUAAAUUCCAAUAUUUGCGCUUUUUUUUUUUUUGCAACUGCUCACCACUUUGGUCACUACAUGACGAUGUAAAGAUUUUUAGUUAUUUUUAGUUGGUGUUGUGCAAAUGAAAGGAAUGAUGGACAUUGCUUUAUUUGAUGUGUUCACAAUGCAAAUGGUUAAUAAAAGUUGGUAGACGGAAA